AUGCAAGAUAAUGGUAAGACCCCUAGGAAGACUCUAAAAAACGGGUAUUGGAAAGAAACGGGCAGGGUAACCACACUUACUCAUAAGCAAUAUCAUGUUGGUGAUCUUAAAACGUUCAUCUACCACAUAGGGGUGGCACCAAAAGGAGAACGUACUAAUUGGGUUAUGAAAGAAUUCAACUUAACCGAAUACAUGAUACAAGAAAUGUGUGUGGUAGAUAACUCAUACGUGCUUUGCAAAGUGUAUGAAAAAAGUGGUCCGGGGCCAAAAAAUGGAGCAGAAUACGGGGAUCCAUAUGACAAGAGUGAAUGGGACAACAAGUUUGAUAACCAAAACACACACAACUGUCCUAGUGUGUAUGUUAACCAAGUACAAGGAAGUGAUCCUAGCAACUCGAAUUGUGGUCAGAACAUCAAUGCUAGUGAAACCAAUGCAACAAACUUUGCAGGCAUCGACCCUACUUUCAACAUCGAAGAACUGCUAGAGGGUUUCACAAACCAAGAACAAACCACUACGGCAGAUGUGCAAAUGGAGGAUGCAUUCACGAUUGAAGAACUAGUCCAGGGUACGCAAAACGACAACAACAACAACACCUCAAGUCUAGUUCAAAUGGAAAGUGCUAUAGAUGAUCUAAUGGGUGAUCCAAACCAAGAUGACACAACUUGGAUCGAUGCGAUGGUAGAACCUAGUUUCACGAUUCAAGAACUUUUUGGUGGUCCGGAUAUUACUCUUGAUGAAUUUCUUGAUUUGGAUUUUGGGAAACUAUGA